AUGAAAACAUUUUAUUUUGGAGUAAGGCGAGUUAUCUUGAAGUUAUGUUUCAUUGUAGAGUACCUAAACGAAAUCAUUUUGGUGGACGACCACAGCGAUCAUACUUACAUCAAGGACACCCUUCCUUCCGCGGUCAAGUUCCUAUUCCCUUCCAUGGUCAAACUAACUCGGAACAGUCGACGCCUCGGGCUCAUCAAAGCAAGAAUGGCUGGCAGCGACAAGGCCACAGGGGAUGUCUUGGUAUUCUUCGAUUCCCACGUCGAGGUGGGUCCCGGAUGGCUGGAACCUCUUCUACACCGGAUCAAGCAGGACUAUAGGGUGAUUGCAGCUCCAGCUCAUGAUACUAUCGUGGACAAAGGCUUCGAGUUCUCAGGUAAUCCAACCACUGAUAGCCAAGGGACUUUUGGAUGGGACCUACUGCAACGCUGGCGAGCCCUACCCGAUCGUGAACGGAAACUAUUAAAAACAAAAGCAGAUCCUGUCAGGAUGCCAACGAUAUCAGGUUGUCUUUUCUCUAUCUCCAGACGAUGGUGGGAAGAGUUGGGUAGAUUCGAUCCCGGGUACGAAGUUUGGGGCGCUGAAAAUCUAGAACUUUCGUUCAAAACGUGGAUGUGCGGUGGACGUCUCGAAAUUAUACCUUGCUCACAUGUUUGUCAUCUAUUCCGUAGGGGUUCCCCGCAUAAAUCGCACAUUGACAACUAUUUAUCGAUAAACCAGAAACGCUUGGCCGAUGUUUGGUUAGACGAAUACAAAGAGAUUGUUUACUUGCGACAUCCUGAGCUAGUUAGUCUUGAUGCUGGAGAUAUUUCGGAGAGAGUUGAGUUGCGUAAGAGACUCCAAUGCCAUCCGUUUAAAUGGUAUUUAGAAAAUUUACUUCCUGAUUUGUAUGUGCCAUCUGUUAAACUUCAAGCAGGUGGUGGCUUAAGGACACUUAGUGGUCCGUGCGUCGAUACCAUGCAAAAGGACUCCGGCAUUGCUCAGUUGUACCCGAUAUGUCAUUUUAAGAGUACCCAAAACUUCCAUCUGACAGACGCAAACGAGAUUCGAGGCACUGUUGAGGUCUGUUUGGAAUCCGAUCAAAAGCACAACCGAGUUCUGCUGUCUCAAUGCAGCGGAAAAGAAAGUCAAACUUGGAGUCACGCAGGUCCAAACUCGACCAUUCAAGCCAGUGCCAUUCGGUCAUCUAGCAUGUGCAUAACAAUCAAUGGAGAGAACCUCGAGCUAGCGGACUGCAACCCAGACGAUGUCAAACAACGAUUCUACUUUCAGUAUUAUAUGAAUCAGGGGCUGAUCUAGGAUUUUCUCGAGAUGAAUUAACACGGCCAAAAAAUGUAGUCCUGCUUUGGUCGUAGUGUAAUAUGAUGACUAAACGAGUUCUAAAAUAACAAUAACAUUAAAAAAGGUUGUUUAAUGAU